AUGGCGGCGGUUCGACGGAGAGCAUGGAGCGGCGGCUAUCGGCAGUGGGUUUCUGGCAGCACCGGCGCCUCUUCAGGUACCACCAUCUCGAGCACCGCCUACACCCCCGCAUCAUCCUAUUCAGUAGGGGAACGACCUCUGGCAGUCGAGGAAGAAAGCGCCGAGGGGCUCGACCAAGAACGAGCCAUGGAGCUCCCGCAAGAGUUGGCGGAGACUUUGCGCCUGCACAUCAGGGGCCUGGUGAAGGAAUUCAGUGCUUGUGCCGAUGGUAACUUCAGUGCCCCGGACAGGUGGCUCUCAGAGCUGCAGGUCGCCUGGCUUUUCCGUCUUGCUGACCUCGAUGCAUCCGGGCGGAGGAUCUUCAUCUCGCGGCAGCUACAGCAUCUUGUACAGAGUUGGAACUCGGCUCUCCGGGCGAUCACCACAUCCAUCGUCCAGGCAUGCUUCAGUGGAUUUUCCAGCCAGGACCAGGAGGAAGCUACUGUUGCGCCCCCUGCAGCUCCUGAAUUUGUACGAUUUGUCGAAACGACGAUGUUGAAGAUGCUCACCUUCGUUGACGCCAUUGCUGCUCCUCUGAAUGUCGAUGAUCCUAGCUGCCAACAACAUACUGUUUCUACCAACAAAGAGGGGGCAGCUGAGAAGCUCCGGGCACUGCUAGACGUGCAUGAUGCUCUCUCCAGAGCCUCAACACAGAUCGUGAUGUCUUUCAGUUCAUCACCCUAUGUAGGAUCCACAAGGAUAACCGACGAUAUGGAAGGCCUCUUGUCAGCAGAACUCGGCAAGCCGGAUGAGGCCGUAUCUGACACAGUGGAUCACAUCAGGACUGCUGUCAUGUCAUCCUUGGGGGAUGACUCAUCAUGGGGUACUGCUCACACUCUGCUGCCAUCACCCAAUAUCCACAAGGUCACUCGAAGCUCACCAAUACCGAAGUUCCAGUCCAAGUUUCAGACGAUCUAUACUGCCCAAAAGCUCUGGAAAGUCCCGGACCCUGAGCUGAGGAAAAGGCUGCGUGAAGCUAUCAUUGGCAUAGUCGUUUCAGGCUUUAUGGAAUACUUGGAGGACAACAAUAGGAUCACCCCAGCCCCAGGAGUCCCUCCUCAGGAGCUGCAGGAGCUGUUGCAGGAGCUAUUCGAAGGAUGA